CUAAAUAUUCACUAUAGACGAAUAUCUUACGAAUGUCUUAUUAGAAUUUCAAUUCUCUCUUCUUGGCUUAACGACUUCUUAAGGGCACGCCUGUCCUUGCUGGCUUACUAGACUAGUCCACCUAGUUGGAUAGUCAGUCCUCACCACGGUGGUACGGUGCGGAUGGGAUUUGGGCUAAAGUCUGAAUAAAGACUCACGGGCACCGUCUUUUCGCAACCGAGAUACGAGUUAAUAAAUCAAUAAAAAAACAAUAUUUUUUGUAAGAAGUCUGAAAAAGGGGUAUCUUUUUAGAAUGGGGUACUGAGUAUGGGUAAUUCAGUAGCGAAAAGUGAGUGCCCGAGGGUGGGUUUUCUUCAGACUUUAGCCCUAAUUUAACAAGUCGGAAAGUGUAAGAAGAAGAAAAAAAAUCUCCAAUCGUCCAAUAAAAUCGCCUAUAAAACCUAUCGCCUACCCUUGCAGGUGAUUGCAGCUACAAGGGUUAACCUUACUUUCCUACUCACACACCCAAACACUACAGCUGCUUAGCUACGUAAAAAGGACUAUCGAAGCGCAUUUACUCGCUGAAACAUAUGCAGCAUCUUCUAUCUCUUUCUAGGCAAAAUUCAAAAUUCCUCCAUACCUUUGCUUAGGUUGAAUCAAUUAACUUUAAUUUAAUUUCACAAAGUUCCGUUCGUUUGAAACCUGUUGCAUUCGGUGCACGAACACACAAACGUCAUUGAUGUGCCCCUCGACAAUUGUGUGCGGGAUGAAAACAAACAACAACAACCACAACAAAAACGCCAACUGUCAGUUGAAGUUUGUUUUGGGUCGUACAACAACAAAAAAAGAAACAUUUCACACAGAAGUGCGAUUGUUUAUACGGGGGCCGCAGUGCAGGAUCGCGGUUUGUGGCUUUGGAUUUAUUGAUUAAAACAGUAAUUGAUGCGUGAUUGACAAAGAGAAUUACGGCACUGAUAGCGGAAGUGAAUCAUCGCGCGAUAAAGGUUUCGAUUCGAUGCGCUGUUAAUGUGUAGAAUGAAACGCACCUGAAAGCUCAUAGCGGCGUGUUGUGGGAGAGCGGAUGUCCUGUUGCGUGCGCGUCCUUGGAGAGAAAAACACAGCGUCAGUAGUGUACACAGAGUCGAGCGUCCUGCAAGUACGAUGGAUAUAUUUCAAAACCAAUGUAGCGAAAGCUUGGGUUUCGACUCGAUGCUUUCCUCGAAUCACCUCCAUUCCCCGCUGCACGAUUCGCCCGGCUCACCGAACCCGCUCAACUUUGCACCCGCGUCGCCAUACUUUGCAUCGAUCUCGCAACAGACGUCCGGCGGUGGUGCUGGUGGUGGUGGUUGCGGAGGAGGACACACCAGUGGCCCGAACGAUGUCAUCCUGCCGAGCAUUUUUGUGAAGAUUCCCACCCAAAUAAACCAGCAGUACCAGCAGGAAAAUCGCUUACGGUCCCACCACAGCACAUCGAGCGAAAUCAAGAGCGAAGAACGGUCGGAACCGAUCAAGAGCGAGAUAGCCGAUACGCGGGUAAAGCUUGCCAGCCUCAACAGCUCCGACCGGCUGCCGGAUGUGAUCGAUAACUAUCUGAACGCGGACCCGCUGGACGGUGGGGUGCAGCAACCAGACACACCGAUACUGCUGUGUGCGUACUGUCCCUUUGCGACCCUUGCGGAAGCGCGGCUAAACGAGCACCGACGGGAUAGACAUUCGGCCGGAGUAACAACGCCAGCCGAAAAAUUGCACUGUCCAGUGUGUGAGAACAAAUUCUACCAGAAAUCCGUGCUAGAACUGCAUCUCGCCGAGGAUCACGAAAUGAUACCGAGCGAGGUGGAAGCACUGUGCAGUCGAGCUGCAAAACCGAACGAAGUUUCCACGCAAAGAAGCGACACGGCCAGCAAUCAAAUACAGCCGACGGUCACACCGGUUCCGCCACAGAACAAAAGCCGUAUAUACAUAAAGAACGUACAGCUGCUCAAAAAACCGGACGUGAUCGCUCAAGAAACACGGCAGGAAAGCGUGUCGCAAGGUCAGCAGCAACUGCUUUCGACCGAUCAGGAACCGUCCGCGGUAGCGCACGGUACGCUGCAGGACACCCAUCAGCUUUCCGGCCUGGGAGAAGACUUAUUGCCGCAUGACCAAGCGCUCGAUUUGCCGCACGCCGCGCAGCAGCAACCUGCCGGCAAUGGGAAUAAAAUAUUCAUCCGUAACGUGUCACUGCUGCAAAACGUGAACUUUAUCCCGUCGGAGGAAAACAUUCUAACGAACGGGAGCAGCAGCAAGUACAAUGCGGCGGCUUACAUGAGCAUGGAUUCAGCCCCAUCUUUGAUCGACCCGCUGAACAAUGGGUACGGGCUAGAACAGUCGGCACCGCCCGUCGGAACGGCGCAGUCACGCGGAAGCCGUAUUUAUAUAAAAAAUGUGGACAUACUCCGAAACCCGCUGAUAUCAACGCUUAACGAACCGGUGCCGAAUUCGAGCGCAGGACCAACACCCCUUUCCGCGACGUUUAACGAAUCGAUUACAAGCAGAGCGAGUAGCUGCGAGAGCAUAAUCUGCACCUCAACUCCACCAGCCGCGAUGGACCAGUCGGUUGUCGCCGAACCUUCGCUGUCCACGUCGAACGCUAGCAUGUCCCAACUACCGGCGACACCUUGCGAUCAGCCGCUGCUGAAUGGUUCCGAAAUCAGCUACACACUAGGACCACCGAUGGAAAGCGCGAACAGAACGCUACCGUUAGCAAUGGAUCAAGGUUCACAAAACUUGCUGAUGUUGUUCUCCACCGGUACGGACGAUUCAAGCGUUUCCUACCUGACGACCGAUAGCACCACCAGCAAUGCAACCGUACCGAAUGCGUUGAUGGGAACGUCCUCCUCCACGACGACGACGACGCCGACGACGACAACGGAGUACGAUCAUCUAGCCACACCACAGAUGGCCCCCGUUUCGUCCUGUGACGUACAGCAAACGCAACAACCGCCGCCAAGGAAGAGUAAAAUAUUCAUCAAAAACAUAAGCGUGCUAAAGCAACCGACAAUACACCUGAAAUCGGUGGACGAAGUUAACCUGAUGACGUACGACGAGCUGCAGCUGCAAAAUAUGUUACCUCCGGGCGGAGCACCGCAGGGUAGCCUCACGACAGGCACGCUCGUACAGCCCCGGAACGAGCUUAACGGAGAGCUGCUGGAUAAACCGUUCGGUGCCGGCGCAAUGAUUGAGCUCGAUUGCCAAAGCCAUCCGGCGCAGGAUGACGCACUGGAUGGGUACCACGAGUCGGACCUUGGCUACGGUGAGCUCGGCGGAGAAGUGUGCGAUUUUACCGAAGGUUUCAACGAUCGUGAUGAUCCCGGUGGUGGAGGGUUGAUGGUAGACGGUGCAGGUGUAUCGCCGGCUGGUAAUGAAAGCAACGCGAUGGCCGAAACGUCUGCACUUUGCGAGCCCAUCCCAAUCGGCUAUACGAACGACAUUAUACUGCUGCAGGAAGAGCUGGAUGCGAACCGAAAGAUAACACCCAACCCUGAGUGGCCAUCGCUGGGUGGUGGGACUGGAGAAUCGUCUCUUGCGCACGAUAUUCUGCAGGCACCACCGGACGACGGGUCAGGCAUUCCCGGCGAGACGGAUCCGGUUGGCCAGCGGAGAGAAGAAGACUCAUAUUUAGCUGCUCCACAAGUGAUCAAUCUCGAUCCUACUCCCGGAGAGUUUCAAUCGUUAGGUGAGAGUGAAGUUUACCCAACCUCCCUCCUAGAUCAAUCGUCACCCGAGCAGCAGAUGAUCGUUUCAGAAGGCCUGACAGCCUCCGAAGAGGAACCUCAGGCAAUGGCAGCCGCACCCGGGAUCGCUACCCGUGAGCCUUCCGAGCGUCCACGGGCACGCGGUCGGCCGAAAGGUGCCAAGCAGACGGGUAUUACGAAGCUCAAGAAACUGUACACCAACCUAACGGCCGAAGAGGAAGGCUACAAGUGUGACCUGAACGAUUGUGGGGCACGGUUCCGACAGCCGGAUCGGCUCGAAUACCACCGAAAGUGUCACAUCCCGGGGGAAAGCUCUAGCGCGAUACGGUGUCCGGAGUGUGGUUCGCUCGAGUUCCGCAACUGGAACACACUGCACACGCAUCUGUGGCGUGAGCAUGAAAUCGAUAUGGAGCUUUAUGCGUGCCAGCUGUGCAGCUUCAAAACGCCCGUCCUCUGCCGGCUGAACAACACCCACAUGAAGAUCCAUUCGGAGGAGCGUAACUUUAAGUGUGCGAUCUGUGGUAAGGCUUUCAAGAACAACAAGCAGCUGCGAAAUCAUCGGCGGUGGCAUCGCGAACCUCAGCCACAGCCUCAGCAGCAGCCAGCCCAACCCCGGCCGGAUGUUCCGGUAGUUGUCGACCAGCAGCCAGAACAACCUUCACCGCAAGAAACUUCUACCCUAGCUGACCCUUCGGUAGAGCCUUUACCCGACAGACAGAAACCAACGAAAGCAUCCAACCAACUAACGCUGAAAUGUGUCAAGUGUGGUCUACGCUUCGCUAGCAAACGGCAGCUGCGUGCCCAUAUGGACGCAAAGCAUCCCACCGAGACGAGCGAACAAACUGGCCCAGAAGCGGCUGGCAGCAGUAAACAUCGCUGCCUACUGUGCGGUAUGGUGUUCCGGACACGCUACCUGCUCCAGGCACACGCGGCCAAACAUUCGGACGAGAAGCGAUUCAAGUGCGAGCAUUGCGAGUACACCACGAACGAUCACAACGCAUUCCGGCGGCACAAGAUGCGCCACAGUACGAAGGGUGGCCACAUGUACAAGUGUAGCUACUGUGACUAUAGCAGCAUACAGAGUACGACGUACCGGAAACAUCUCGAGCGGAUGCAUGCCGAGGUUGCGUCGGCACUGCUGUACAAGUGUGCCAGGUGUCCGUUCGUUUCGAUCAGCGAGGCAAAGUAUCAGCUGCACCGGACGAAACACGAAGCCAACGGGACGACGGAUGAUCAGCCGCAGGACGAGCGGCAGCGGCAGCCGAUAGCGAUCGUGCCCGAUCGUACCGGUGUGGAGGAGAGCGACUCCGACCAGCAACAUCAGCAACAACGGCAGUGCGAAAGCGUCAACUCGGAUGUCAUUAUUGUGGAGCAGCCCAACCCAGGUGAGCCGGACUUGAUCGGCGGACCAGCGCCGAUGGAUGUCAGCGGUAGUAUACAGAUCAUUCAGCAUCCCAUCAUCCGGCCGGCCAUGUUUGCGAACAAUUUCUCCAAGGUCGACAACUUCUACGGCUACCAGCAGCACGAACAGUCGAUGGUUGUGAAGCUGACGGAUGGGUCCACUCCGCUGCGUGGGCUGUGUCCACUGCAGGUGGUCGGUGCAACGGUGCCAGCAACAACCGUCCUUCCCGUUGCAUCGGUACAGUUACCUGAGCAGCAGCAGCAGCAGCAGCAGCAGCCGCCGCAACAUCAGUACCUUCAUCUUGGCAGCGUUACGGAGGACGUUGUUAUGCGGGACCUAAACUGAACCGAAGCUAGUCAAUGAUAGAGCAGGGAGAGCAGUUCUCUGUAGCGAAUGUGAUAUGGAAAUGGGAGACAGUCGACACAGCACAGCACGGUGCCAUCCGACCUGUCUUCUAAGGUUCUCUGUACUUAGGGAUGAAGUAGUGCUGUCAUCCCGCGUUUUUUUAGGAAUAAUUUGAAAACCUCACUCUUUAUCAAUAAACCUUUUUUGAUAGUUUUAAUUAUUAAUUCGGUUCGCCUGAAGCUUGGUGUAGAAACGUGAGAAAUGCGAGAAAUGUAACACAGCAACAGGGAAUAUUCUGGAGGGACCCAGUGUUAUUCACUCUCAAUAAAAAGGCAGCAGGCCCUUAAUACAAAAUA